AUACUGUAGUAAGCGCUCGCUACCCUACCCGCUACAUUGUCAUUAUCAAGCGGAGAGCAGUGGAGGGAGAAAAUGGCGAAAACAUACGAUUAUCUCUUUAAACUCUUGCUUAUAGGAGACAGCGGGGUCGGGAAAACAUGUCUGCUGUUCAGAUUCAGCGAGGACGCGUUCAACACCACCUUCAUAUCUACAAUAGGGAUUGACUUCAAAAUCAGAACGAUAGAGCUGGAUGGGAAGAAAAUCAAGCUCCAGAUAUGGGACACAGCUGGCCAGGAGAGGUUCCGGACCAUCACGACAGCGUACUACCGCGGCGCGAUGGGAAUAAUGCUGGUGUACGACAUCACCAACGAGAAAUCCUUCGAAAACAUCAAGAACUGGAUCAGGAACAUCGAGGAGCAUGCAUCAUCAGACGUGGAGAGGAUGAUCCUGGGGAACAAAUGUGACAUGAAUGACAAGAGGCAGGUGUACAAAGAGAGAGGAGAGAAGUUAGCCAUAGAUUACGGGAUCAAGUUCCUGGAAACAAGUGCAAAAUCCAGCAUAAAUGUUGAAGAGGCCUUCUUCACGCUGGGCAGAGACAUCAUGACGAGGCUCAACAGGAAAAUGAAUGACAACAAUCCGUCAGGCGGAGGAGGACCCGUCAAAAUCACGGAGAACCGGUCCAAGAAGAGCAGCUUUUUCCGGUGUACGCUGCUCUAACGGACCCCCCCCUCCCCCCUCUCUGCGGACUCGUACACCCGUCUUUCUCUGCUUCCUCAGAGAGCGCGACAUCUCUCGGCCUGCGAAAGGACUCUGGGCUGGCUGUUGCUGAGAGCUGUGUAUUCUGUUGACCACAGUGGAAGGAGUCUCGCGGUCCCAUUUCAGAACAUUAAAAAAAAAAGAAAAACAACGGAAAAACAGGAGCGAUCAAGACAUGUCGACGGGCCAGCUGUUUACGCGUCACAGCCCCAUCCCCCCC